AUGCAUUCAUUCUGGAGGCUUCUCAUCCUCCUCGGAUCACUGGCUUUGCCCUCAGCUCAGCACAAGCAGCUUUGGCCUGGCCUGGCCUGGGCCCACUCAGACAGCAAAUCCACUCUGGUAAGAAUUAUUGUGCAAGGCCUCAUGAACCACAAUGCAGAGGACCAAAUCCAGAGCAUCCACUUCCUGGACAGUCUGAAUGAUUCAAGGCAGAUGGUCCCUGGGAUGGUGGGCUGGCUGAUUGGUGGCAUGAAACUCCAGCAGCAGCAGCAGCAAGAGAUCAGCAUCAACAUCACCAAUGUGCAGCUGGACUGUGGUCGGAUCCAGAUGUCUUUCCAUAAGGAGUGGUUUUCUAUAAAUAUCUCACUUGAAUUUGACAUUGAAUUGACACU